AUGCCCGCCAGCGGCGCCGACUCGCUGAAGCCCGGCGCCUUCAUCCCGGUGUGCACGGCCGCCUGCCUCCUGGUCGGCUCGACCUCCCUCUUCUUCGUCUUUACAUGCCCGUGGCUGGCUGUGACCAUCUGCCCUGCUGUGCCACCAUGCUGCGCUAUCCUCUUCCUUUUUGUGCUGGCCAACUUCACCAUGGCAACCUUUAUGGAUGCUGGUGUGCUGCCAAUGGCAAACGAGGACGAGGACAAGGAUGACGAGUUCCGCGCGCCGCUGUAUAAGAACGUGGACGUGAAGGGCGUCCAAGUGCGGAUGAAGUGGUGUGCCUCGUGUCAUUUCUACAGACCUCCACGCUGCUCCCACUGCAGCGUGUGCGAUCACUGUGUGGAGGAUUUUGACCACCACUGUCCCUGGGUGAACAACUGCAUCGGGAGGCGGAACUACCGCUACUUCUUCCUGUUCCUGCUGUCGCUGACAGUUCACAUGAUCGGCGUCUUCACCUUUGGCCUCAUAUAUGUCCUGCACCACAUGGAGGAACUAUGGAAGCUGCACUGCACUGUCACUCUGGUGGUGAUCAGUAUAUCAGGGCUGUUUCUUAUCCCGGUCCUGGGUCUCACUGGAUUUCACCUGUACCUGGUGUCCAGAGGACGCACCACCAAUGAACAAGUAACUGGGAAGUUUCAGGGAGGAGUCAAUCCUUUCACACGAGGUUGUUGCAACAACCUGGAGUAUCUGGUUUGCAGUCCCAUCUCUCCAAAGUACACAGCGAGACCCUACAAGAAAACAGUGAUCCAUGUUCAGCCUCCGUUCCUGAGGCCGGAGAUCGACAGGCAGAUGCCAGUGAAAGUCAGAGACAACGGGAUCCAGAGUCAGGAUCUUCAGAAUAAACGAACCUCAGCCGGAGCUGUCGAGCUGUCAGACAUCAAACAACUGAAAACUCCACCGCCGCUGCCACCAAAGCCAGACCACAGCCUGCUGAGGAGCCAACUAUCUGACAUAGAUGAGAUGGUACAUCAUACUAAAUCCAUCAUUCCUGUAUCCAUUCCCACCGUGCCGCAGCUGCGCCCCGUGCUGGAAGCCAUAUCCAGAGGAUCGUCACCCAUUCCUCCAGAACAGUUGCUGAAGACGUCAGAGCAGCAAGGGAACAACAAAGGUCCUGACCUCCGCUCUGAUUCUAAAGAAAGCCCUGCGAGAGGCAGUCAGCAGGCCAGCCUGCCUGUCCAGACCAACAGCAUCUCCAGCUCACUGCAGCUCAACUCUCUGACACUCAACUCCCGCUCUCUCACCCUCAAACACAGCAAUCGCCACGGCAGCAAAUCCCAGCUACCCUCCGUGCAUGGUGAUGGUUUGGGAACCAAUCCCCCACUGGGCAUCAUCGCCUCCUCCGGCCUGCUGGCCAACCACAGCAGCAGCCUCUCCUACGAUAACCUCAUCAAACCUGCAGACCCUCAGUUCCUGGCUCAGAGAGGGGCUCCUCCAGUUGGGUACCACCCUCACUUUAUGGCUCUGGCCACAGAUGGGACUGUGGUUCAGCGUCCCUCUCCUCAUGCCUACAGCCCUGUGUUUAUGGGCGUUGCCAGACAGUCUCCUCAACCUCGAGAUCCCUCACCUUCUUUGCAGGGCUUCGCCUCUAGGGAUCCCUCGCCUUCCUUCCAAGGUUUCAUCCAAAGAGACCCUUCUCCGGCUUUUCAAGGGCUGAUGCCAAGAGACCUUGCGUCCCAAAGCGUGACAUCACGAGACCUCACCCCUCCAGGUCUGACGAUGCGAGAUAUGACCUCUCAAAGUCUCCGAGACAGCCUCCGCGAUCUCGGUCCACAGGGCUUGACACCUCAGAAAUCUGCCGCCAUGCGCUAUGACAACUUUUCAAAAACCCUCAUGGCAUCUAUCCACGAGAGACGGGAGAUGGAGGAGAGGGACAGGAUGCUGCGUCUCCAAGCCAGAUCCCAGGCCCUCUAUGGCCCAGAUAUGGGGAUCUAUGACAUCCCCAGCAGGAGGAGUCUACCCCCGGACAACAUCAGACCACCAGGCUCACGUGGCCCGACCCCCCCGGCCUACGGCUCCAGGGAGUUUCUGAUGAGCACAGGCAUCCUCGGUUAUAGCAUGAGGACCUCGCCUCUCUCCAGCUCCUCCACGUCGUCGCUAACUCGAGGCCCGAAAACAUCCAGCUCUCCUCUGCAGAGCAGCAGCAGCAGCAGCCUCCAAAGCAAGGGCAGGUCUUCCUCUCCGGCUUACUGCACUCCUGACAGACAGACUCAACCCCUCCCGUCCUCUACAUCCACUCUGCCCCGUUUAGCGUCCUCCUCCACCUCCUCUGCGCCCUUGUAUGCCUCCUAUGCCACCGCGAAAAGAUCCUCGCUCACGUACUCCUCUGAGGGGAAGGACUCAGUCACCCUGGGAGCCCUGAAAUGAAAAAAAAAGAAACAUACUCUAUGUUUCUGAUGGUGUGAAUGAAUCAUCUAUGCAGUGUUAGACUCAGUCUUCACAGCUCCAAAAUACUUUGUAAAUAAGAGGCCAUUUGGGACUCUCCUGUGUGGGAGGGUGUGUGAGAAACAAAUACACAGUGCAGAAUAAACUUAGAAAUAUUCUUGCAAAGUCAUGUAAGUUUUACCAAAUCCGAACAAACGGUGAAUCUCAGGAUAGUUGUGCCUCCUCUCAGAAGCAGAGCGAGCUCUACAAACUCAGCAGAAGCUGCAGGGCUUUGUGAGGAAUACAGAUUAACUUAUUAUCUGUUUGUAUGUGUUUUGAUAUUGCUUUUUGUGGAACAAUGUAACACUGUAUCAUCUAAUUUGU